AUGGCGAUCGCUUUGCCACCUACACCCAUAGCAGCGAAUGCUAGCCAUGAAGAGAGUGAUGAGCAUGCGGAGGAGCAUGCUCCUUUGAUUGCGGAAACCGAUCAGGCGAGUGAUGUCGGACGUGCUCCUCCCAAGGCGGAUCCGGAACAUCGCUAUGGAGACAACGCCUCACUUCCUAUCGCAUUUCUGAUCUUGUUAUUAACCUGGGCAAUCGUAUUUGCGAGCAACCCUUUUGCUCUCGGCUGGUUUUUUUACCACCCAGUCUUGCAAACUGCCUCUCUUCUGGCCUUCACUUAUGGUAUCGUGACACUGCAGCCUACUGCACACGCGGACACGAAAGCGGCUGGACUCUCGCGACAUCAGCGCGCCAUGCUGCUACUCGGGUUCCCUGCCAUUACGUUUGGCGUGUUUGCGAUGUGGCUGAACAAGACAGUGCAUGGCGCAGCACAUGCGACCACCUGGCAUGGUGUGUUCGGGUAUAUGACUAUAAGCUGGAUGGUAAUCCAGGUUUUGAUUGGCGGUGGGAGUGUAUGGUUCGACGGUCGUCUUCUCGGUGGCAGUUCUCGGGCCAAACGUGCAUGGAAAUAUCACCGGCUGUCCGGCUACUUGCUGUUCCCGAUGCUGCUCUUCACCAUCCAUCUUGCCGGGUCCUGGUCUGACUGGGUCACGAUGAGCAGCUUGUAUGCUAUCAGAGUGGUUGCAUACGAUAUCGCACCGCUUGUGCUAUUCGCAGCCAUCCUGUCUCGUGUCAGGUAUGUCCAAGCAUGA